ACCCCAUCCAUGUCUAUAUUCAGCAAUUUUUCAUAAUUGAGAAUAAUGCCAACGGAGUCAAAUGAAGUCUUGGCAGGCUCGUGGCGAGGUGCAAGAUUCCGACGAUGAAAACCUCCACGUGCAGCCUGAUGUGUUCGCGGAUUCAGAUCGACCGCGCAAACGAAUCAAAUAUGACCAUUCGAGAAUCACCGGAGCUUCAGAUGAUGACACAAGUGAAGAUGAGCUCGCCUGGACGGCGCCAAAAUUGGCUGCCAAGCUGUACGGCCAGAAUACGUCGAACGCCCAAAACUCAAUUAGAUCACUGGAGACUGGCAAUACCAAUUCUAUAUUUCUGCUCAGCAGAGAGAGAAAUGACAGCCAGAACGACGAUCAAAAUGGAGUCGAUAAUUCUGCCAAGGCAGAUCAACGACCCGCUACACCUAAGGCUGGAAGAGCUAAUCCCUCGCCCGAGCACUCUCAGUCAACUCCCCUCAGCGUCUUGAGCGUUUUAGACAUGAUGUCGUCGCCUCUGAGCGAACCGGAGAAUUCUCCCGUGGCGCCGAUCGGUUUUGUUCUUCUAUCUCCGUCGCCGCAAAGGGACAGUGCGGGCCUGCCCAGAAUUCAUUUCGAGCGCAGUAAUCCCACCGAAGCUAGCGCAAACGCCGACAAUCCACGAUUGUGGAUGUACGAUAGACGGCGAAAUCUGCGUGCGCGGCAGGAGAAGCAGCUGCAUCCAUACAUGUACGACAAGGCUCAAUAUCAGAAGCAAUGCCGGGAGACCGGAAUCAGGCCCGUUCGUCUGGAAGAACAACAUUCGGCUAAGCCAGAGACCCAGGAUCAGGCUGCGCCAAGCAGCUCCUGUGGCAGUAAUGUGCCGAGCAGUCGGUCCAGUAGCCAAGACGACUCUUUCUCGGGGCUGGAGGCGAGCCAUGAUAGCCUCACUUUUGACGCUUUACCAAAUCUCGCCAGUGUCGGUCCGGGUCUCGGAUAUUUCGAUGACGCUCAGCCAUCCUCGGACUCAGAAGAGCGAACACAUAGUCUUCCCAGAGCUGCAAGACCGGGCGCCCUACCUCGACUGGGACGUAUAGAGCAAAGACUUGAUUUCGCCGUUGACCCAGCUUCUAUAAUGCAAGCACCUUUGUCGCCUUCGGAGACUUCUGACGAUCCGGAAGACCAUGGAAAGUCAUCAGGCCUGCGGCCAGAGAGACGAAUCUCUAAAAGAGGUUUCAGACUUCCGCCUCAACGGGCUGUGACUUCGCUACCUACUCCAGACGUGUCUUCUUCCGCCAAGCCACCCUCCCGAGUUAUCGUAUCAAGCGCUUCAACAUCUCCAGAGCCUAUAGGGGCUAGUCGCUUGGCUACUUCGACUGUCGAUAUAUCAUCUGAGGAAUCAUCGUCCGACGAGCACACCGAUGUUGGUGUCGAGAUCGAGAUGAUCAACUUGCAACGUGAAAGGAAAAGAAUAAAGGGAGUUCUUCCAGCUUCUUGGCUGAGAAUUGAUCUGCAAAGUCGAAAAGCUGAACAGCAAGGCGUGCCGAUGAUGAACAACGAUAGAACGACCCGAAUGCCCACUCCUCAGAAGGGAGUCGCCCGCAGGCUAAUGAACAAAGAAGCAAGGCUCCACGAUGACUCAGUGUCUAUAACGAUAUCUGAUGGCAAUUCGUCUGACUCGGAAAUCAUCGAGCGAGACGAAGCGCCACCGAGAAUGCAGCAAACUACUCUGGUGAUGGGAGGGAUUGACAUGCAACCAAGACUAUCACGCGCAGUAGACGACGAGAUCAUUGAAAAUGAUUGGAUCGACCCCAUGCUCCUUAGCGGAACCUCACGACAGCGCAUACGGAAGAAGCCCUUCAAUCGGCAGCCACGCAUCUCGGACAUGUUCGCACAUUCGACCCACGAUCAAAAUUUACUCUCCGAGGAGCGCACUGCCAAAGGUGGCGCGAGAAAGCAUGCCGCUGGGCGGCGUCUGCCGACAAAAACAUCAGGGAGGUCUCAGGUCAAACCGCCAUUACGAGCCCGGAAAAACAUCAAUCUGAGCAUCGUGGACGCGCCUGACCCUGAUGACGGUAUCAGAGCGCUCCCUCAAUUUGUGCGACUUGCUCGACGUCAGGCUCGGAAACAACACGACCUUGGCAGGCAGUCUCCAACUGGGAAAUCACUAAGGCUCGCCACGUCAAGUGAGACUACAGAAGCUUUGGCUACGCUCACUGCAUGGCGCAAAGGCUCGAUUGCUGCUCGUAGAUUAACACCGCAACAAGAUCUCACACGUACGCCUUCAAUUCCGGCAAGGAGCAGGAGUCGCGCCCUGGCUAGGGUACCUCUAUCGAGAGUCUCUUAUAAUGCGAUCCGUUUUCCUGCCAACUAUUCUCAUAGCUCUUCGGCGAAGGAGCAGGACGAUGUCGACUUGAUGCAUGCCCGUCUCCAGGCCGAGUCUCCUCAUUCGCAAGGGAUGGCCACCGAUUUGAACACCCCGUGUCGACGUGAGCCGCCGAGACUCUCAACAAAACCGUUACCAGUAUCUCGUUCUCGCGUGCCAUUACGACCUAAACAGCAGAAUCUGCGAGCAGCUCAACUAGAAACGCUGGAAAGUGCGUUUGACGCCGCACAUAGGACUGCAGCCUUCGAGCGACGGAUCCGCGCCUUGACCAACCAUGGCGCAUCCGCAAUUCAACCGCUCGCCUCGCACGGCGUCUCACUUACAAGGUUUUUGCAGGAAGCAUCUGGGUCGGAGGUCGUACCUCCAGCACCCAACGUCGAGCGUGAAGUGGUUCCGGAGAAGCCGACUGCCCAUCACAAAGUCCGACGCAGGUCGCGCAAAUUCGUGGCUCAGAGACUCGAUGCAGAAGCGCGCCGUUAUCGUCAACCUGACGCAGUCUUGCCUGAGGACAGUCCCGAUGUUGGCGUUACUGAGCGGAGCCAGAUCGAGCCAACUGCCGAGCACGUUCUUUCUGAUCUUUUACCCGCGGGCGCGAGAUACUCGCUCGAUUUUGACAUCUUCCCGUUGCAUGUGGGCACCUUCUUCCACGAAAGCACCUUCAUUGGGAGUGGUGAUUUCAAGGCUGCGCUCGAAAUCAGUGACAAUGGAGCUGGACGGGGCUCGGGAACUGUGCGAAUGACAAUUCAGAAUGACACAUUCUUAUGGGGAGCAUGGAAUGAGGAUGUCGCGUCUGGAUUCGCUAAGAUUCCUCCGACCAUAUCGUCUAUGUUCUCAGCCGUUCAGUCCUUUGAUAACAGUGCAGACUAUGCAAACAGCGUCGCGCACACGAGUCACCGCAUAGACUCCUUGCUUCGACCUGUUUUACUAUAUCUAUCCAAGGCUCUCCAUUUCUUGGACCCUCUAGAUCGAGUUGCCUGUGUACAAGAGGUGCAGCAUCUUUGUUCCAACCUGCUCGAAGUCGCUAUGGAGACUCAAGUCGACUUGUCAACCAGGAAAGAUCCAGAACUUCGGAUAUUGCAAUUCGCCGCCGUGCUCGCUUAUCAAGCACAUUCCAUAUGCCAAGACCCCGUAUGUGGAUCUGCCCUCUUGCAAAGGUGCAGCCAGAACCUAGAGAAGUGCAUUGCAUUCUUGGCUUCUAGUGCUUUCAAAACUAGUCUAGAACCUGUGCGCGAUUUGUAUGACGAAUUCAGGCACACGAUCAAUCGCGAGCAGGGGGUCAAAGACCAAGCCAGCAUGUUCAGCUGCAUCGUGGUGAUGAACCAGAUUGUACGUCACACAGACAAUCUCGCAACCCGGUUCUGGAGCCUGAUGCCCCCUACCUUGUUACCGGGCUUGCGACCUGGUCCCCGAAUGGCCGAGCUGGAAAAAAGUUGGUACGACAUCUUCACUGUUCUGCCUGCGUUAGAGAUUGACAGCGCUGGAGUGGCUCGCGUCGGCUCUAGGCUCCAAAGAGCGGAGGAAGAUUGGAGCGCCAUCGGUAAAUUGAUCAGAAAUGUGCUCGAGCUAUACGAGGGCUCCUGUCGCAUCCCGGGAUCUAGCCUGAACGAUUACAUUCGAACGAUCCUAUCAAGAUGUUCACUGCUUAUCAGCCGCUGGGGAUGGCGCAAAAGCGAGAGUGUUUUGGGCAUCAUAUAUGAUUUCUUUGCUCGCCGAAAAUUCUCUCUGCUACACAAUGAGGACAGUCGAGGAUCACCAAAAUUUCUGGAGAGGUUGCACACACAGCCCUCGCUCGAAAUUUCUACAGACGACCGAUCGUUCCACAUAUUCUUGAAGCUAAUCGCCACAAGCUUGCUGUCGAUGCGCAAGUAUCAUGUUUACGAUGACCGGAGGAUUGGUGCGAUUGCAUGGCGAUUCAUUCCUAACCAUCAGCGAACGUUUCUGAAAGAUGCCGACUUGCAGCAAUCGGACCUGGAUUCUCUGCGUAAUCACUGCGACCUGCUUUGCACCUUAUACUAUGCCUCACCUCCGGCGAACAGAGUCUCUAUUGAAGUUCUUCAAGGCAUUGUUGACCACGCCAACUCGCAUCUAGAAGCAUGCCGUCUGAGUGUCCGGACUUGGGCAAAUGUGACCACCUUUCAGGCAUCUACCUCGGAGUCAAUUCAAGUUCUUGAUCCCCUGCUUAAAUGGCUCGACGCCAUCAUUUCCGCCACAAUUGUUCAAUAUCAUCUCGCUAGAUCCGAAGUCGAAGUCGCGGUCAAUAAUGCCGAAGGAAAUGUUCUCAUGGGAAAUGCUUACCGAGAGAGCGUUAUAGCCAAGAACCAAGCCAGGCUGGGAAGCAUCCUGAUUGAAGCUUUAGUUGGUGUACAAAGAGCCUUGCGUUCUUCGUCCAGCGUAAAAGUGGCUGAGUGUCUUAUUAUGCGCGCUCCUUUGCCAAAGAUUCUCGAACUGUUUGAUCCCGCUCAGCGAAGAUUGCUGCCCGUGCUCAGUGAAGUCAUCACCACCAUCAAUGCCUUUCUUGAUGUAUACAAGGACACACGCCAGAUUUUGAUGGAAGAAACUCAGAGCGACGAUAGCCAAGACUUCGGAGAUCUCGGUGCUCUUCACGAGCUGAUUGCAACAGAAAGCUUCCUUGAGUCAGACGGUCUCGAUGCCGUGGAUGCGAUCUACAGAAUGACCAGCCAAUUUGUGUCAAACGUCAUCGGUGCUGACAUGGCCAGUGACGACGAACUUCUGCAAAAGAUUCUCGACGCGUGGCUUCGGAUGGGCGAUGCGCGGGUGCCGGGGCACAUACUUCGAAGACCAAACUACAUGAGCCAAUACAGUAAUCUAGGGUGGAACCAGAUGCGUGAAACAGCGCAGAAACGCAAAUUUACCCCGUACAUCAUUGCGCGUUUUGUCGAGAUAGCUGAGCACGACCAGGAAGCAAAGUGGCCGAUCUUCACAAGCUGGCUCGUAUCUUUGGUGCAGCGUGAGGCAACGCUUAAGUUCCAGCACGUUCUCACGUCAUCUCUAUUGAAUUGCUGGAGCACAGAACCACUACUGCAGAAUUUGCCAUUCUACAAGGAUGCUCAGGACGACAAGUUCAAAGUCACAUUGGUUGUGCUGCGCGAGCGAAGGCUGCUUCUGAUCUCCGCCGUUCUCUCCAACAUCAGAGAGUCAUUCGACGACACGGUCUCGGAGAAUCCGCGAGGGGUUCAAGAAAUCCGCGCGAGAUAUGCUGCUAUUCUGGGCGACGUGAUGCAAGCCAUGAAGACCAAUUACCAAGAUCUUCAAACAUCGGACCGGACUGCUGUGGCAGCUGUCGACGUGCAAGGAGCAUAUGUCGAGUUUGUGCACCAUGUCGUUUCGUUCCUACAGCAGUAUAUUCUGGACAUUUGUACUAUCGACAGAUUCUUCACGGACUCUGCGGCGUUCCCGCUCCCUGCAGCUGAUCCUACAUAUGUCGUCGGUAGGUUGAGAAGCUACAUUCCAAAGCUGAAUCAGGCCAGAACGAGGAAGCAGCUUGUGAUCUUCCUUCAUUCUGUCAGCGAGAGAGCUGCUAUUGAGGGUCAUCAAGUCUACCUCAUCAAUCAGAUAUCUUCAUCGAUGUUUGGCAUUCCUGAGCGAGGGAGCAAAAGUACGCCCAGCCUGCGGCAUAUCUUCUUGUCUUCUAUCCUGCCUGCAUAUAUCGAAAACUGUCUGAUCAGCGAGAGCGGGUGGGUGUUCACGAUGCCUAUUCUCCGAGCAUGUCAGGGGGUGCUGAAAGAUCUUUACUAUCACGUGCGCCUAGAAGAGCCUGCGAGCAUGUCGGCUGCCGAUGAGAUGCUCACAUCAGUGCUGCAAAGCAUGACUAGUCAACUUAACGUCAUUCUAUCACAGCCGGAUCGGCUGGCGAAGCAGCACGUGCUCGCAGUAGUCUCGGCCAUGCUCGACAUCAGUAUCUCCUGCCUGCCACUCACUUCAUUCAUCGAGCCUGUCUCGAGCAGCGCGAAUCAAAAUCGAAUCUGGGACUACUUCGAGGCUAUUUCCGCGAUAACAAAUUUCAUGCAAAUGCAAAUGGACGGAGAUGUGGACGAAUUUGAUGUACCACCCGUGUUGACGCACCCGCGCGUCCUUUGCCCGUGGCCUGAUACGAAGGCCUACACAGAACAGCAGAUCAUACAAGCGAACACGGACUGUUUCAACCAAGAUGGGCGAUACAUGAUUCGCAAGGGCACUGUGCUGAAGGAAAUGCACGUGGAGACGCUGGACUCCGCGAGCGAGCAGGGCAAAUUCCGUCGCACACUUGAUGUAUUCCGGACGACGCUGGCUCGAGCCAAAAGAGAGUGGAGGGUACACGACGCUGAAGCGCAGAAUGUUUUUCUACAUGGCCUGGUGGUGUGAGAUCACAGUCCAGAGGUACUUACUGUAUAGUCUUUAAUGAUAGUUCUGGAACGCUGUGCCCUUUGAAAAUGCAGCAAUAACGCGUUCGUUUCGAGCAUGUGCGAAAUAGACAUUGACA